AUGAAUCCAAAAAUCGUUGCCACUCCUUCUACCACUACUACCAACGCUACUGAAAAACCUUCCGGAGGCGAUCCAACCAAUUAUUGCUCUAUAAUGCAAUCCUCCAGACCUAUUAUUCUUGGAGCUACUGAGAAACCUGGUGGCGGUGAUCCAACCAACUACUGCUCUAUAAUAGUUGUAUAA